GCGAGCCCGGCGGAGAACCUGUCGCGGAGCAGAUCCGAGGGACGCUGUGCUAUGACGACCUCUAGAGCUGUUGUUACCCCCUCCCCGGGGGCCGCCUCAGAGUGACACCUCUCCCUCCCCCCCCCGCUCGCGUCUGCCUGUAUCCCGGGUAAUCAACCAAAGAAGUUAUGAAUAUCAUCUGUGGUCUAAAGUUGCCAGGCAGGAACUGUAUUUUCUUUCAUUUGGCUUCUUUGACCAAGCAGGGGAAGUGCAAUAAUCUCUAUAGGUCUUAUGCAGGAUAUUACCAAACUCAAGUCAGUUCUACACAAGGCAGAUGCCAAAGACUGGAUUUGAGUGGAAAUAUUAGAAACUGUUUUUUGAGUGGAAGCCCUGACUCCUGUAGAAACUUCAUCAGUAAAGGACUGAGGUGUCUUUUGAAUGCCCAAAAUACAGAAGUAUACAAGAAUGCACACCACAGUUUGGGAAGGUUUUGCUUCCAGUCUUCUCAGCCUUUGGGGGAGAAGAUCCCAUCCUUCCAGAUCAGUUCUGUAGGGCAGCUCCCACGUCAUUUUUCUGCUUGGAACAUUCAGAUCAUCAGGUGUUUUCACACAUCACCAUCAUUUCAGGCUGCACCAGUUCCUCUUUUCUGGAUUAUUGUUAAGCCAGCUCAGAAAUUAUUUGCUAUCAUUCUUGGCAGGAGCAUAAGAAAUUGGUGGAAGGCUCUUCCUCCUAAUAAACGGGAACUUUUUAAAGAAAGUGCAAGGAAAAAUAAAUGGAAGAUACUCCUGAGUGCUAGUAGUAUAGGGGUUUUAUUUGUUGUGUUUUAUUUUACUCACUUGGAGGAGACACCUAUCACUGGGCGUGCUCGACUGUUGGUGUUUGGAAAAGAGCAUUUUAGGGAACUGUCACAGAUGGAAUAUGAUAUGUGGUUGGAGGAAUUCAAAAGUAAAAUGUUACCUGAGACAGAUGCACGCUAUCAGGUUGUGGAGAGAGUUGUUGGUCAUUUAUCUGAAAGCAAUAAGGACAUCCCACAGGUCUUGGCGCUCAAGUGGGUUAUCCAUGUGAUAGACGAACCAGGUGUAAAUGCUUUUGUGCUUCCAAAUGGCCAAGUGUUUGUUUUCACUGGCCUGCUAAAUGCAGUUUCUGAUAUUCAUCAGCUGUCUUUCAUUCUGGGACAUGAAAUAGCUCAUGCUGUGCUGGAACAUGCAGCAGAGAAAGCCAGCAUGGUUCAUUUCUUGGAUUUUCUAUCACUCAUCUUUCUCACUAUGAUUUGGGCCAUCUGUCCCCGUGAUAGUUUGGCAGUUGUUGGCCAGUGGAUUCAGAGCAAGUUGCAGGAGUUCAUGUUUGAUAGACCGUACAGCAGAACACUGGAGGCUGAAGCUGAUAAAGUGGGACUUCAGUUUGCAGCAAAGGCUUGUGUGGAUGUUCGAGCAAGCAGUGUAUUUUGGCAACAAAUGGAAUUAGCAGAAACCAUUCAAGGGCAGCCCAAGUUACCAGAGUGGCUCUCCACACACCCUUCUCAUGAAAAUAGAGCUGAGCACUUAGAUCGGCUCAUCCCAGAGGCUCUUAAAAUAAGAGAGAGCUGCAAUUGCCCAUCUCUUUCCGGACCAGAUCCUCGCCUCAUUUUCAGACUUAACAUGCAACAUCUUCUGGAAUCGUCUAAACAUCAAGAAACCCCAAAUUCUACAAAGCGAGAUCUCUCAAAACCAAACCUGGAUUUUCCUCACACUCAAAAAGUGGACGAUAUGCCAGUAACUUUUGCAGUUAAACCUGCAAACUAAUGAUAAUUUUAACUUUUUCUUAAACUUGUGGUCCCUGAAGUCUGCUUAUAAUGCAAAUUUAUCUUUGAACCAUAAAGAAGAUGUAGCCACUAAUAUUCUAUGUUUCUUUUAUGUGAUUUCUCACUCAAAGCAAUAAGGAACCUUGCCCACACAAGAGCAGCAGCGUGUUGGAGCAGAAGUUUCUUAUUCAUCAAGAAUUACUAAAAUAAAUCACUUCUCAGGGGAAAGAUAAUAUUGUACAAUCCAGUCACACAGUGUAAUUUUCAGCUUUAUCAGGCUCACCUUGAUCAGAGGACAGAUGAACCAGAAGUGUCCCUAAAGCAGAGGAAAAAGUACAAUUUUCAUCACUUAAGAUGUCUGGUUUAUCUUGCUGUAAUUUGGGUUAGAUCUGUUCAGCUUCAUUUGAGAAAUAAUGAGGAGAGCUUACUGCUUGUUCCACAUACAGUGUGUUUAAAAAUAUUAAGCUGAGAUGCGAUAAUAGCCUAUGGGCUAGAUACACCCCCACUUAAUUAGGUGGAUUUACUGCUGGGAUUUUUCUUCUUUCUAAGGCAUUUUGGAAUAUGGAUUGAUUCAACUUUUUUCUUCAAAGCAACCUGAAAGGGUUGCACAAAGUUCACUUUUAAAAAAAGGAGUUAAAUAAUUUUCAAGGAAGUCUGCCUUCUGAAGAAACCCCACUGUAGAAGAGCCAGUUUGUAGCACUGGAAUGCUUUGCAAGGAUGGCUGUCGUCUUUUUUAAAUGAUCAGGGUGCCUUGUUAGAGACCAGUUUUACUGCAAUGACAUUUGAUUUGGAUAUAUCUGUUUGGAUAGAAGCGAUUGCUGAUGUGAAAAUAUAUUGCAUAGCAGACAAAUACACAAGAAUUCUUGACUGCGCAGCUUUCACAGCCAGACCUUACCCUAAAAGGUGACUUCUCUUCAGAAAACUGGCAUCUAGUGCUGAACAUACCCCUCCUCCCCCCAGUCCCCCUGAUGCCACACAUUUUUAUACUGUGGAGACCAAUAUGCACAAUAUAGGUAAAACUCUGGUUUUCGUCAUGGGCUAGCCAGUAUAGCCAGCAUGUUAAUCUUUAUUUUGCACACGUUUGAGUUAGCCUUGCUUUGCAGUUGAUGAAAAUACUGAAAUGUCAGUCUUACAGGAAGAUGUAGAAAGAGGUAGCAGUGAAUUAAAAAAAAAAAAAAGGGGAAUCUCAUUCCUUCAUCUGUUAAGAUGUAUUUGCUGUUAGGUUUUUUGUUACUCACUUGUAUUAAAACAAAAAUCUGUUUCAUUUAUGAUAGGACUUUACAUGAAGAGGACAUUCAAAAUACAGUUCAUUGUGUUUUGAAACAUUCUUUUUUAUAUAUGGAGAGGGGCAGACUUUAUCAUAUUUCUUCAAUUAAAUCAGAAUACAAGCUUUUAAAAAGGAAACAGUAACCUAUUUAGUGCUGUUAGUGAAUAUAGUUGGGGAAAAAGAUUUUGAAAUAAGUUACUCCUUUACUGACGAAGCGGGGUCCUUUGAGAAACGCCAUCAACUACCUAAGUUAUCUCUAUUCAGAGGUAAGUUGAUGGAUCUGUAAUGAUGAUUCUAGGUCUGAUUAUAUAGGUCUAGACUGACUGCAUAUUGCUUACAAGCUGUUUUUAAUUCUGUACUCAGCAGUACUGGCAAGAGGCAGAAGGUCCAGCCUGACCAUUAUUCAUCCAUCCAUUUUUAUUCUUAGUGACAGGAGUUUUUGUAACAGAUGUUCAGUGAUGUGUUGAAGCAUUUGGACAUUGUCACCUGAAGGUAAACAGAAAAACACACCAUUUAGAUUUCCCUGUGGACCUUAUAGCUUAUACUGCAACACCAAGACCCCAACACUGCUGCCUCUUUCUUGCUCAGUGUCAAAGCUUGUUUUGUUAUCCAGGGCUCCUGGUUGACAUGCAACUUGAUGCUUGUGUCUGUUAGGACUAAGGAGAACAUAGAGUUUUUACAGCAUUCAAGACAAAGUAUGAAAUGACAUAAUUUUCAUAUUUGUAUUGUCUGUUUUAAGUGGCUUAACUAUUGCAGUGAAUGCUGGAGAUGCAAUUUUUAAGUUCACCAAGGGAGAUUUUUUUUUUUUGUAUGUAAAUAGUCUUAUAACUAUGAUCGUGUGAUGUGAGAGAAAAGGUUUCAAGGGAGAGGUAAUAGCUUAUAUUAGACCUAUGAAGGGCUUAUGUAUUUUUCCAACUAUACAGGUCUAGUAAAACAUACCUUUCUCCUUACAAGCUUUACAUAUGCAUACACACACGUAUGUAUGUGCAUAUAUAUAUAUAUAAAGUACACACACAAACACAAGAGUUAGGCCUCUAUGCUAAAACACUAUAGUUCUAAAGUCCAAAAUGAGAUGCUGAAAAAUUAAGUUUUUACUGUACAUCUUGAAUUAUCCCUAAUAUUUUUCUUACAUGCUUUGGGAGGGGUUUCUUCUUUCUGCUUCUCUUGUGUCCAACACAGAAAAUGCCUUGUGCUCAUCUGCCUCUUGAAGGGCACUUUUUCCUUUCCUUAAAUUCUUACUGAAUACUAUACGUUACAUCUGUCUAUAUUGUUAAAGGAUUUUCUUUUUUCUUUCCUGAAUAGAACAGUUACAGAAAUGUUGCUUUCCAAAGGUUUGGGAAGUCGCAGUAAAUAUUGUACUUUUAAAAUUAAAGAACAUAAAAUAAUUUUAA